AUGUCCCGUUCCAAAGUAGACUCGGUAGCCUUGGUGGCGGAGGGUUUACUCCACGCCUCGCCGGACGUCGUGCACGACGCCUUGCGGUGCGACGAAGCCGCGCGCGUCGUCGCUCGUUGGCUCGACACCCUUGCUACGUGCGGCUCGAAUCGUAUUCGUUUGCCCAACAAAGACCUCCGUCGUACUACCGCCAAACGACGCAAACGGAAUCCCGUGGGAGAAUUCCUUCCCAUCACCACCGAAGCAGCAACCACAGUCCAAAGCACAGCAAUCACAGCUACAGCCACGUUGUCCCCGCAACGAUCGCACUGGUUGUGGCAGAUCCUCGACGGGGACUCGGUAGCGUCGCGUCAAUCCGUAGUCCGGGCCUUGUUGUCUCACGCGUGUACCUGUCCACGGUGUGCCGCAGCGCGCGUUGACCUGGCGAAGAGCCAUCCGCGUCUCGUCCACACGUUUCGUAGAAACACCCAUCCCGCAUCCCCACAGGACUCCAAUAGCGAAGAAUCCAAACCAACGCGGACACUCCCGUCGCAUAACGCAUCGAUCGCGGAUCCGACGGAACAACACGCCCGACUCGUCCGCUCGCUCCUGCACCGACUGGAAACGCACCUUGGGCCCGGUGCCCGAGUACGCGGGCCGCCCCGGAAUCCUUCCGAACCUCCCGUUUGGCCCGUGGUUUUGGAAUCGAUUGCCCUGCUUCAGCAUGUACUCUUGCUCGAUCAAAAUCACCACGAGCCCAUCGACGACCAGGAAUGGAACUCUUGGUUGCCUCUCUUUUUAGUCUGGCGCACGCCGCGAAAUCCACAAGCCAACGGGGGUUUGGCCUGGCUGACGCAAUUGGCCUGGCACGUGGCCAUGAUCGGGAUGGAUCGCCUUCCGGGACAAUCGCAUCCCUACUCGAACCUGGUCGAACGAACCUGGAACGCCAACGUCCUCGCGGCCUUGCUCCGAUGGAUCUCCCGUGUUGUUCUCUGUGCUCCGCACGAGGCACAAGUGCCGCAAAUUCGUGCCGUCGCACGUCGGUACCUUUGGACCCGUUCGUCGAUACCACCGUUGCAUUCAUCAUCACCACCAACAACAACGACCACACCAUCGCCGACGACUUUGCAAGUAGCGCCUGACGAGGACACCUUGUCGCCCCUUGCCACCCUCGUAGGACUCUACCACGCAUUGGCCUCUACCAGUCCUCCGGAACGGGUCAACUCCCGCAGCUUGGCUACGGUUUUGCCCCUUUUGCACGCCAUGAUUCAACCGCGCACGAACGUGUACGUGCCCCGCAUGACAGCGACGAAGACGGCAGAAACAACCGACGAGACGCCAGUCGGUGCUGCUGCUGGAGAUGUACCAAUCCCACCCGGAUCCAGUCCGGCCGUCCGUGAACUCUCGGCUGAAUCGGUUAUAAUGUCCGGUGUAGAGGAUGAUGAGGAUGAAGACGACGACGAAGAAGAAGAAGAAGACGAGGAUGGUGACUACGAAUGUUCGCCCGUCAAGAGUUACGUGUCAGACUUGGAACAAGCACUUCCUUCUAGUGAUUUUGACGAUGACCACAUGGAUAUGGUGGACGAACAGGAAGAGGAACAGGUUGAGCACGACGAAAUUGGUGGCAAUGAUAAUGAUGACAACGACGAAGACGAUACAAUUGCAGAAGAAGACGCCGACGACGAUGACGAGGAAGAGGACGACCCGGUCGCCGAAAGACUCCUAAAUCGUUUGCGCUUUCAGCAACUCCACCCGCAUAGUUCGGACGAGGACGACGGUGAUGACGAAGGAGACGGAGACGAAGAAGAUACACAAGCGCUAGCGUCCCUCGACCCUCCUCUAGAAGAACGCCGCAAGCUUUAUCUUAUCGCCGCCAGGAACGUGUUGGAAAUGCAGUAUCCGCAUCACCCCCACACUGUCGUGGGAGCGCACUCACGGCAAAAAUAUUUGAAUGUCGCCGGAGAAGCCUCCUUACUACAGUCCGUCAACGUCAUUGUGCAGCCUCCCAAAAAGCCGAUCCAGACUAAAGUCAUUCUACGUCGUGCCCCGACCCAAGAAGAAUUCUUUCGGGGCUCCUUGUCCACUAAUCCCGUCGCGCUGUCUCAGCUACCGUCGGCCGACCCUAUCGUAGCCGAUUUGCGUCAACACGUGGCGGACGAUUUGCAAAUGUCGGAUUCCGCCGAACUGAUUGAAAUUCUGGUGGGAGGUAAAAUCCUUGAUAAUCAACUGCGGUUACGGGUGGUCCACGCCACUUUGUGGCGGGAUCACUUGCUGGAGCACGGAAGUGGCGCCGCCAUGUCGUCGCAACCGUCCUUCUUUUCGAGUGCUGGCGGACUGUCGGUCAUCUUCAAUUCCGUGGCCCGAUCGGGUCGAUCUGUCACCGCGGAUACGCCCGUGUCUCAGCUGCCCCCAAUGGUGGCGACCUAUAGACUGGCUGGAGUAGACGGCGAAGCGACGGAAGAUACUAUUAGAGAGCUGGUGGACCCGGACGCGCCGGUGGCUGCCGCGAGUCCGGCCCAAGUCGAGGAGGCCUUGGAACAACAAUUUGGGCUGACGCGACUGAUUACCGAAGGACGCGGUCUUUUUGUGUUGCUGAGAUCCAUCCAACACAACUUGAUGGACACGUUGCGGAGGAUUCGUCGGGAUGAUUGGGAAGUCAAGAAUUGGGCCCGCGAAAAGUUUCAAGCAGAUCCGCCAUAUCCAGGCUUGAUCCUGUUGGGAUAUUGUGCCAAGCUGGCGAGCAAUCGCAAAAAAAUGUUGCAAGCGCGAGCUCCAACGGUCCUACUGACCUUAUUGCUAGAAGUGCUGAAAGCACUCGAAGAACCCAACGCAGCAGCAGAUUCGAGCACCGUAUCCAACGCAACCGCCGACAAGCUCCAAGAGCUGAUUGAGAUCUUGACUUCUGAUAUUUCGACUUCUGUAUCGCGUCGUGAGUCGGGCGUUUCGGAAGAUGAAGGCUAUGCCUCGGAUUCUGGUCAGGAUGCGUCUAGUAUGCCGCUCCUACUGCAAUCUAUUGAAACCAUCUGUUUGAGCGCACCGCUGCGAAAUGUGAUUGCGAAAUUGCUGCCCUUUCUGACUUAUGGUCAAGCCAAUUUGUCGCGGGAAUUGGCCCAACACUUUAACCGUCAGAUUGACUUGAGCAGAUUGGCGGAGCUUGAAGCAGAAGACUCGCCUUCUUCUUCAAAAAGUGCGAUAUUGGCCAGAACUUUUGUUCAAACAGCAAUAAGUCUACCACCGAACGAAGUAUGUAACUCUCUCCGGUCCGAAUUGAUUCGCUGUGGAUUCGUAGACCGCUUGUCGUCUUUUAUCGUUGAAGGCAUGCCAAAUCAGCCGCCAACUUGGUCAACUGCAUUGUGGCCCAAGGGAGAAGGUAUGGAAGAUUUGCCCAAGAAGAAGAAACGAUACAAAGGAAAAGGGACUAGUAUCAAAAGGCUUCUGGAGACUAGCUGGAAGGAAUACUUUGCCCGUGGGGGGACUAAAACAGCCUUCGGCAUUCUGUCGGGUUUGUGUCAAAAGCAUGUAGAAACGCAGUCUCGUCUGUCCAGGUCACCCGAGUUUUUGCGGUCGUGUCACUGGCUGGAAGCGACGUCGAGCAAUGUAUCCGCGGGCGUGGAUACACGAGGAUUGGGGUUAUCUGCGGAAACACUUCUGGAUGAAAUUAUGGAGGAUAACAUGAAGGUGUCCCGGUUGGUAAAUGGUGUUCGCCAAAAGACACGAAUGCGUAAAAAGGAACUGGCAGAGGAACGCCGAGCGAAGGCACUUGGGAAGAUUUCGGUUGGUGGCAUGGUCAUGGGCAAGACGACCUCCAUGGCUGCCACCGUGAACCCGGACCUACAGACCGGUGUUCGAGCCACGGCGGCUUCUUUCUUUUCUCCCGUCUUUGGAUUGUUUCGCGAUUCGUCCGUGGCUGCCCAGCCUAGACCUGCCGAAGAUGGUAUGGCCACGGCUGCGAGAGCUCCGAUAGGAAAGGAUAAGAAAAGUUCCGAGAAACCUGCAUGGAUGGACGAGAUGGAGAACAUGGAGGACGAGUCUGGCUUGAAAUGUGCUGUUUGUCAAGAAGGUCGCACGUUGCAACCUUCCGAGCUCUUGGGAUUGUAUGCAUUUGUAAAAAAGGUAUCGAUACCUCUUGACCAUUGUGGUUCCCGAGCAAGCAUCGAUGGUACUAUGCUGCUAAAAGCACUCCCAAAAGAAUUGCCCAAGUCACUGGUUGGAUCUCACACUGGCAAUUGCUGGUUCCUGGCAGGUAGAUCUGCCGGUGACGACCUAAAUAGCACUUCCUCUCCUUCGUACUGCGUAGGGGCGAGUGGCGACAGCCGACGCUCUUUGUUCACAACUACCGUUUCCGCCGGGAACGCGAUUCACUUCUCAUGCCAUCGACGAGCCCGGCAAGCGGACCAGAGCCAUUCGAAAGCUCCCAAAGCGGAAUGGGAAGGGGCCAAUCUUCGUAAUAAUCGAGUCAAAUGCAACAUAAUUUUACCUUUGGUUUCGAGUAGUGGCUGUUCAAAAGUCCCGCUGGUGGCGGUUGACUCAGCCUUGUCGGAACACCAAGCGUCAAUUUCCAGCCUACUGGGCGCAACACCCACAGCUAUGAUGUGGACAGUUCUACACGAUGUUCGCUUACUGUUGCUACGUCUUGCAUACGGUGAAUCCCUCAGCGUAGACUGCGGUGGGGGGUCACUCGCUUCCAAUGUACAAUUGCUCUACUACCAACUCUCUCAGGCUGACAUGUAUGAGAAAAACGCUCAGGUUGAUCAGCCGGAAGUUUCACAGCAUGCUAGAUGUCUAUCGGCAGGGUUUUUGGCGGCCUGCGAAAUUGUGAAGGCUAAAGACUUUUCCGGUCUAAACCGCUCAAAUCUUCAACGUGGCGUUGCCGAUGCCGCAGCGAUGGCAGGAUUGACAUCCAUUCUUUUCCACAAUAACCACGAAGACGGUCACGAAGAUACCGCAAGUCAUCGACCGCCACACCCUAAACGACAGUGGCAAAUAGGGAAACCAUUGUUCCUGCAAGGUCUCCUGUUGUGCGCUGGUCGUCGCCAUGCGAUCCAGGUUGAAGGCUCUGGAUGUCAGACUAGCAUACGACGUGUCCGCUCGUCAUCAUUCUGUGAUUGGGAUGUGCAGAAUGAUACCCCCGAAAAGGACACCACUGUGGUGCCAGCACGUCGAGGACGGCGUCAUACUGCGGCGAAGAAGGCGUCCCUGUGGGACUUUGCCUGUCCUCUAAGACCAAUGCUGACUUUGUUCGGGAUUUUGGAUGGGCUUUCGGCGGAAUUUUCACUGCACAUGGAAGACGUAGAUGUCCAGCAAAGCGCGCAACGAUUGGUGAGUAAAAUUGAGCUUUGUCAAAAAUGCACUAAUAUUGACGAGCUGCUGCAAGUAACCGGAGUGGAACAAUCCGAGGAGGAAAUAAUGGACUUUUUCCAACAGGGCAUCCUGGCGGCAUAGGCACACACUCGAUAAUUAGUCUGUUUUUUCCUAAUCUUUUUUUGG